GGCCUUCUUCGCGGUGCCUUUACAAUGCAUGGCUAUGCCGAGACAUGGCUUUCCAAUGGCCCACUCGGCUUCUGUUUGGAAAAGCCACUGGAUGAAAACCCCGACUUCAGCCAAAAUCCCGAUGAUUCAUACCUCGCUCAACUUUUAUAUCUGCUGCUUGCUGAUAGUUCUGAAGACAGCAACCUCUGCUGCGCAGCCCUCAAUAGCCUCCGACGACUACUUGCCAUGGCUGCCACUCCCGGGCAGACCAUCACUAUCAAAACUCUUACAUACUCCUGGCCAGUGCAAGUCCCUCAAAAAUACAUCACUUUGAUCAGUGAAAGGAAGCCUAAGGCCCUCAUAGUUUUAGCUCAUUACUGUGUCAUGCUAAAAAUGCUCGAUUCUUUUUGGUUUAUGGAAGGCUGUGCCGCAAGGAUCUUGGAGCAAUGUCGACAGAAUUUGGAGAGCCAGUGGCACCGUUACAUUGAAUGGCCACUAUCUGUUGUAGGGAUAUACGACGGAGCAAUAUGAC